CACCACCACCACUACCGCUCACACAAUGUACACAAAUACACAAUCAUCAAUCCACUGUAAACAUACAACAAUACUCACCAAUAAUACAACCAUUUGUUCCACCGAUUUCAUAUCGUCCAGCUACUCAAGCGCCGAAUUCCAAUUUUAUGUCAGUUACACACUGUAAUUAUUCAAGUGUAACAAAUGCUGCUCCUACUGUUGCCAUAACGACGACCACCACCACUACUACUACUACUACUAUUUCUACUAUCAAUGGUAUAACUACAACUACGAUUAUAAACAAAAAUAAUGCAGUUAUAAGUCGUCGUGUUAUAAUUCAAGAGACAAAUCAAGCUCAAAAUGUAUCUAAUCAUCAAUCCAUGCAUUCAGUACAGCAAGUUAAUAAAACAUCAUUGAUAACAAAAACUAGACAAGAAAUGAAUGCAGCUACUACUAGCAGUAGUAGUACAUCAACCAAUCUGACAUAUAAAUAUUUGCCUAAUAUAUCGUCUCAAACACAAAAUGUGAAAGAAGCUAUCCAACCUUCAUCAGAAACUACUCAUUCAGAUUAUUUUCAUUCUCAAUCCGGUACACUUAAUCCUAUCCAAUCUACUGAAAUAAUUACAACAGAGACCACAUCAUCAGGAUUAACAUCACCAACUCUAUCAGUAAUCAAUAUAGAACAACAAUCAUCAUCAUCAUCAUAUCAUAGAAGUUUAAGUAAAAAAUCAAUAGACAAUACAGAACAACGUCGUAAAGCUCGUGAAUUAUAUGUUGCUUUAAAACAACGUUAUCCAUCAACUAGUCAUAAUAACACUAUAAAUAAUGAUUCUGUAAAUCCACAUCGCCGUCAUCAUCAUCAUCAUCGUCAACAACACCAUCUUAAUAAUGAUGAUGAUAAUGAUACAAUACAAACAUCUGAUAUGAAAACUAUUCUAAAACCAAAUCAGAAUAAUGAAACGAACCAACAUAGAAAUAACACAUUGAUUACUCAAUCCAUUGAACAAACUAAUACAAAUCCAAUAACUAUACAAACAUUACAACAAUCGAAUACUUUAACUGAUGAUAAUCUAUCAAAAAAUAAUCAAUUAAUAAAUCAAUAUUAUUCAGAAAGUAAUUUACAAUUAAUCCCAUCAAAAUCCAAUGAGAUUCAUCGAAAUAAUCUUGAUCCACAACAACACUACCACCACCACCACCACCAACAGCAACAACAACAACAACAGCAACUUCCACAACAACAACAACAACAACAUGAACAGCAACAUCACCAACAACAACGGCAACAGCCUCAACAACAGCAGCAACCUCAACAACAACAGCAAUUACAAUCCAAUCCAUGUGUAUCAGAGAAAGUUGAUCUAUAUAAAAGUAAUUCAUUACAAUCUAAUUUCAUGAAAGAACAUUUAAUGAUGAAUAAGAAAUGUAAUUCAUCCGAUAAUAAUAAUAAUCAUCAUCAAAUGAAUCGAAUCUAUUGUGGUUAUCAAUCAGAUAGUGGAAUAGAAUGUAUUAAUUUACCAAUUCAUAAUAUAAAUUUUACAUUACCAUUACAAACAAAACAAUCAAAUAUGAAUGAUCCAUUACAUCAUACGAAUAUAAUUGGAUCAUUGCCAAGAAAUUUACAUAAUCCUUAUUCUAUGAUAUAUCAAUCAAAGAUGUUAAAUUUUAGUUCUAUGAAAUCAUCUAUUCAUCAAAUUGAUGUUCAUCAUGAACAACAACAAUCUCAACAACAGGGAAGAGGAGUUGGAGGAGGUGGUGGUGAUGGUGGUGGUGGUGGUGGUGGUGGUGGAGAUGAAGAAGAGAAUCUAGGCAAUUAUGCACGUCGUAUGCAUGAACGAUUACAAGAAGGUAUGAGAGAAGCACAAGAAUCAUUAUGGAUGCCUGAUUUACCAGAAUUAAAUAAAAUGAAUCGAUUAAGUGACAGUUCAUCAAUGAAUAAUAAUGGUAAUAGUAAUUCAUCAACCGCACAAUUAUCUGAUGGAAUGACAAAUUUAAGUUCAAGUAUCGAUAGAAAAAAACAAACAAUCAUGAAAAACAUCAAAACAGAACCUCCAAUUCAAUUAAAUGAAAAACAUUCUAACAUGGACAAUUGUUUAUUACCAUCAUCCUCAACACCACCAUCAUCCUCAACACCACCAUCACCAUCGUCAACAUCAACAUCAGCAUCACCAUCAUCACCAUCACCAUUCAUUAACUCUAUAAACAAUAAUAAUAAUAAUCAUUCUGAUUAUUCUAUUCAUAAACAAUCGAAUAGUUAUUCCCCUUUGAAUUCAAGAUUUUAUUGGUGUCAUAAAUUACAUAAUAAUCAACCAAUCAUAAACAAUUUCCAUUUACAAUCCCUUAGUAACAAUAAUAAUAAUAAUAAUGAAUAUACUAAUAUGGAUAUAAAACAUGGUGUAUGUUCAGAUGUGGAAGAUUUAUUAAAUCAACAUGAAAGACGAUUAAUGUCCAUUUCAGGAACUGAAAACGAUAAGAAAACCAAUGAAUUAACACGAUUCAACUCAGCUUCAGAUACAGAAGAAUUUCUUUCUAAUGACUAUAGAAUUCAAGCAUCGAUAAGAGCUAUGAAUUAUGGUUACAUGGGAUGUGAUCCAAUUCAACCUUCAACAUAUAAUUGGUUACGUAAAGUGAAUAACAAUGAAACUGUUGGAGAUGGAUUGCAUAAUCGUUAUUUUAUUCCACCAAGAUUAUGUAAUCUAGAUUCUAGUAUAAAUCAGUCAGAUAAACUUGUUUCCGCAUCGAGUAUAUCACAACAACAAAGUUUACUGACAAGAGCAAGACGACGACAAAUUGACGGUAGAUCAUUAUCAUCGUCUAUCGCAAAGCAUGAUGAUGCUGAAAGAAUUUAUGGAAUUGUUCCAUUAUCACCAUCUUAUUUAUAUAAUCAAUUUAUGCCAUCUACUGGUUUAAUGAUUAAAGGAAUGAUGAGUAAUAGUAGUAGCAGUGGUAAUCGAACUAAUCAAGAUAAUGAGAUAAAUUUACCAGGAACUAUAAGUGCACCACCUGGAACACCAAUUAAAUUACCAUAUGCUGCUCCAGCCAGUCUAAUUGGUACAACAUCUGGCUUUAGUUGCCCAGAAUCUGGUCCACAAAUAAUCAGUGGAUUUGGAGUGAAUGGUUCAAGGCUAUCGCUUACUUCAAAUGGAUCCUGUGUAUCUACGUCUACAGAAAAAUUAAUGAUAACUAACAAACUGAAAUUAAACUCAAGUGAAGAAAAACUAUAA